UCGCCCACCAAUCACAGCGCGCGAUCGCUCUCAGAUUUGCAUAACCACGCCCUGUGACUCGGCCCCGCCCGUCGCCGGCUGCAGCCGCGUCGGGGCGCUGUUUGCUCCCAAUUCCUCCCCGCUGCUCCCAGGAUCGCUGCCGGUGCCGGGCGGGGCCGGGCCGCUUUGCAACCCCCCCAGGGCAGAGCGCGGCUGCUUUUGGGUGUCGGCACCACCCGGGCCGGGCUGGGAGCGGAGGAGGGGCGGGAGGAAGAGGAGGGACACAGGAAGAGGAAGAGGAAAGGCAGGAGCGGCAGGAAGAGGCGGAGCGGGAACAGGAGCGACAGAGGAGGAGGAGGAAGACGAAAAGCAGGAGGGAGUUCCCCCCUGGAAUCCGCAGGACCCUGAAGUCGAGCCGGAGAUGGCCCUGGAAGGAUCCUGGAAGCAGCUGGUGGGAGAGGCCGCUGUGAGCGGCUCCGCAGCGCAGGAACGCAACGGGGAGGAAAAGCCGCGGAGAUGCCGCACGAGGAGGGGCUGCAAACGCAGAUCUCGGGGCUCCGAGCAGGAAAGAUCCACCCCGGGCCGGGGAGGCGGCCGCAGCUCGGAGCUGGGGGACCCUGAGAAGCCUCAGGAUAGGGAGAAGCCCCACAAGUGCUCGGAGUGUGGGAAGAGCUUCAGGUGGAGAUCAGAACUCAUCAGCCACCGGCGUAUCCACACCGGGGAAAAGCCCUACGAGUGUGGAGAGUGUGGGAAGAGCUUUAGCCAGAGCUCGGACCUGAUCAGACACCAGAUGAUCCACACCGUAGAUAGGCCCAGGCCCUACGUGUGUGACCAAUGCAAGAAGAGGUUUCCCACCAGUUCCCAGCUCCUCCUGCACCAGCGGAUUCACACGGAUGAGAGGCCCUUCCGCUGCCCUGACUGCGGGAUGGGCUUCAAGCAAAACUUCACCCUCGUCACCCACCGGCGCAUCCACACCGGGGAGAGGCCCUACGAGUGUGACCAGUGUGCAAAGAGCUUCAGCACGAGCUCCAACCUGAUCAUGCACCAGAGGAGCCACACAGGGGAACGGCCCUAUGAGUGUGGGGAGUGUGGGAAGAGCUUCAGCACGAGCUCCAACCUCAUGAGACACCAGAGGAGACACACUGGAGAGCGGCCCUACGAGUGUGACCAGUGCAAGAAGAGGUUUCCCACAACCUCCCAGCUCCUCCUGCACCAGCGGAUUCAUACGGAUGAGAGGCCCUUCCGCUGCCCCGACUGCAAGAUCGGCUUCAAGCAGAAGUCCACCCUUGUCAAGCACUGUCGCACCCACACCGGGGAGAGGCCCUACGAGUGUCCCCAGUGUGGGAAGAGCUUCACGCAGCGAUGGACUCUGAUUGCUCACAAGAGGAGCCACACAGGGGAACGGCCCUAUGAGUGUGGGGAGUGUGGGAAGAGCUUCAUCCGGAGCUCUCACCUGAGUCUCCACCAGAUGAUCCACACCGGGGAGAGGCCCUACGAGUGUGACCAAUGCAAGAAGAGGUUUCAGACCAGCUCCAGUCUCCUCGUGCACCAGCAGAUUCACACGGAUGAGAGGCCUUUCCGCUGCCCCGACUGCGGGAAGGGCUUCAAGCAAAACUCCACCCUCAUCACCCACCGGCGCAUCCACACUGGCGAGAGGCCUUUCCACUGCUCCGUCUGUGGGAUGGGCUUCAAGCGAAACUGCAUCUUCAUCAUGCACCGGCGCAUCCACACCGGGGAGAGGCCCUACGAGUGUCCCCAGCCCUACAACCAAUGCAAGAAGAGGUUUCAGACCAGCUCCAGUCUCCUCCUGCACCAGCGGAUUCACACGGAUGAGAGGCCUUUCCACUGCCCCGACUGCGGGAUGGGCUUCAAGGGAAACUCCGACCUUGUCAGCCACCAGUGCAUCCACACGGGGGAGAGGCCCUAUGAAUGUCGGGAGUGUGGGAAGACCUUCAGCCACAACUCCAACCUGAUUGCCCACCAGAGGAGUCACACAGGGGAGAGGCCCUAUGAGUGUGACCAAUGCAGGAAGAGGUUUCAGACCAGCUCCAGUCUUCUCCUGCACCAGCGGAUUCACACGGAUGAGAGGCCCUUCCGCUGCCCUGACUGCAGGAAGGGCUUUAAGCACAACUGGAUCCUCGUCACCCACCAGCGCAUCCACACCGGAGAGAGGCGCUAUGAGUGUGGGGUGUGUGGGAAGAGCUUCAGACACCGCUCUAACUUGACCCAACACCAACAGAGCCAGCACUGAGGGAAGUCCUGGGAGUGCCCCGAGUGUGGGAAGAGCUUUGUUGUGCUGCUCCAGCUCCUUCCCCUAUUGAACGAUCCAUGCUGGAAGAUCCCCAGUGACCCCCAGUGGGCAGAGCCCCGGUGAUCCGUGGUGCUGGUGAUCCAUGUUAAGAAAACACUUGGCUGGGGGCUCCACAUCCUCCUGGCUCCCCAUGGCCUGUAUUUUCAUUUCUCUUUGUCUUUUCAAAACACCCAAAACAGCAGUAAAAAUAAAAAUUUUGAAUCAA